AUGAUCAUCAUGCCAGCAUCCAGGUCUGGAACUAGCUACGAUUACUGGAUAGAUGGAUCCCACAGAGAGAUAGCCUUUGAAGAUUACUACACAGUGGCACAAGAAUUGGGCAGGGGUGCCACAUCUGUUGUGUACAGAUGUCAAGAAAAGAGAACCCAGAAACAAUAUGCUGCAAAAGUCCUGCAGAAAACUAUUGAUAAGAAGAUUGCAAGGACUGAAAUUGGAGUUUUGUUACGACUUUCUCAUCCAAAUAUUAUUAAACUAAAGGAAAUAUUUGAGACUCCCACAGAGAUCAUCCUGAUUCUGGAAUUGGUGACUGGUGGGGAGCUUUUUGACAGGAUUGUAGAGAAAGGAUAUUAUAGUGAGAGGGAUGCAGCUCAUGCUGUUAAACAGAUUCUGGAAGCUGUUGCGUACUUACAUGAGAAUGGAGUGGUCCAUCGAGACCUCAAACCAGAAAACCUCCUAUAUGCAGAUCUAUCAUCAGAGGCACCACUGAAAAUAGCUGACUUUGGUCUGUCCAAAAUUGUGAAUGAGCAGGUUACCAUGAAGACAGUUUGUGGGACUCCUGGAUAUUGUGCACCUGAGAUUCUGCGAGGUUGCACCUAUGGGCCGGAGGUGGAUAUGUGGUCUGUUGGAGUCAUAACUUACAUCUUACUCUGUGGGUUUGAACCAUUUUUUGAUGCAAGGGGAGACCAGUAUAUGUACAGCAGGAUCUUGAACUGUGACUAUGAGUUUGUCUCCCCCUGGUGGGAUGAUGUGUCUCUAAAUGCAAAGGAUCUGGUCAGAAAACUGAUAGUGCAAGAUCCACAGAAACGGCUAACAGUUCAUCAGGCCCUGCAACACCCCUGGGUGACUGGGAAGGCAGCUAAUAUUGCUCACAUGGACAAUGCUCAGAAGAAAAUGCAAGAAUUUAAUGCAAGACGCAAACUUAAAGCAGCUGUUAAGGCUGUAGUAGCCUCAAGCCGACUGGGAAAUGCCAGCAGCCAUACCCACAACAAUCAUGAAAGCACCAAGGGAAGACGUAAUUCCUGUUCCAUCCAAGAGCAGAGUCCCAAAAAGGAAAAUGGGCAAAAAUCAUAGCCAAACUCUUGCAAUUAGCUUCCAAAGACUGUCUGCCUCAUGGGAGAUAUGCAAAGAAUGCUGGCAAGGUUCAAUGGCUCAAAACUUGCCUUCCAAAACUGACGGUGAUGG